CUCUCGAACUACUUCCGCUGCGGUCCUCUUCAAUGCUUCCGCGCUGCCAGCUGCAAUGAGUUUCAUCGAUCGGUUGCUACCUUCCUAUUUAUUUGUCGCCUCCCAACUCCUCCGCUCUGCUCCACCGCGCUUUCCAUCACCGGUUAGUCCAUCUGUUUGCACUUGUAGAGAAUGACGGUGGAGAACGGAGCGGCGGUGGCGGAGGCCGUGACGGUCGCCAAUAAGGUAAUGGUACUGCCCAGGAAGGCGCCGGAGAAGGGGAGGUGUUGGUUGGCGACGUUCGAUUUGCCUUACAUCACGUUCUACUACAACCAGAAGCUGAUGCUGUACAAGCUGCCGGCGGCGGAGUUUGGCGAGGUGGUGGAGAGGCUGAAGCAGGGGCUGGCGGUGGCGCUGGAGUACUACUACCCGUUGGCGGGGCGGCUGAGGCAGGACGAGGAGAAGGUGUUGUUUGUGGAGUGCGAGGGCGAGGGGCUGGUGGGUGCUGAGGUGGUAGAGGCCGCCGCCGAAGGGGUGUCGGCCGUGGAUCUGGCGGAGGGGGAGAACGCUGAGCUGCUGCAGAAGCUCGUUCCCUACACCGGCGUCAUGAACCUCGAGGGGUUUCACCGCCCGCUGCUCGCGGUGCAGUUCACGAAGCUCAACGACGGCAUCGCCAUCGGGUGCGCCUUCAACCACGCUCUCCUCGACGGCAAUUCCACGUGGCAGUUCAUGUUCUCGUGGGCAGAUCUCUCUCGCGGCGGCGGCGGCGUGUUGCCACUGCCUGUCCACGAUCGCACGCUCGCGCGGUCGGUCCGCCUGCCGCUGGACCUUCCAGCCACCGCCGUCGAGCACGAGCGCGGCGACCCCAACGGCCCCUCCAGGCCCCUCGUGAUGCGCGUCUUCUCCUUCUCCGAGGCCGCCGUCGACCUCCUCAAGACCCGCGCCAACGCCGGGCUCCUGCCGGCGGCCAAGCCCCUGUCUACCUUCCAGUCGCUGGGGGCCCAUGUGUGGAGAUCCGUCAGCCGCGCACGCGAGCUCAAGCCGGAGGACAUCACCGUCUUUGCCAUCUUCGCGGAUUGCCGCACCCGCGUCGACCCCCCCAUGCCGGAAGCCUACUUCGGCAACCUCAUCCAAGCCAUAUUCACCGGCACUGCCGCCGGCUUGCUGCUCGGAAGCCCACCUGAGUUCGCCUCCGGAAUGCUACAACAGGUGAUCGAGGCGCACAAUGCUGAGGCGAUCAAGAAGAGGCUGGAGGAGUACGAGGCGGCGCCGAAGCUGUUCUACUUCAGCGAUGCCGGUAUGAACUGCGUGGCGGUGGGCAGCUCGCCCAGGUUCAAGGUCUACGAUGUUGAUUUUGGCUUCGGAAAGCCGGAGCGCGUCCGCAGCGGCUCCAACAACAAGUUCGACGGCAUGGUCUACUUGUACCCGGGCAGGGAAGGCGGUCGGAGCAUCGACGUCGAGCUCACCUUGGAAGCCGGGGCCAUGGCGAUGUUGGAGAGAGACGAGGAUUUCCUCGCCGUAAAGCCUUGAUAAAGGCAAUAAUAUCACAAUCAAAUCCAGUCGAUUGGAUCGCACACAGAUUAGUUGACUAAAUCUACUAGUACUAUUUUCACUACGUUUUCUAUUGUUGUGUGGAAGGAAGAUCACAAUGCACAUGCUUCUUGAGUGCAAAUAUUCUGUGGAGUGUCGCUGAUAAGGAGGUUUGUGUGCCCUCGCUUUAUCUCAGAUUUAAUAAACUUGUUACUCGUUCGUGUCCA